CUCGUGUCAGAAACAUAGCUUGGCAAAGAACCUUCAGAGAGCAGUGUGUCGUUACACUAAAAAGAAUCCUACAGAAGACGAUUGAAUAACUGCAUAGAGUUGGAUAAGUCCGAUUUAAUUGAAGAAAAAAGAAAGCAGCCAACUUUAUUGCAGGAAAACACGAUUUCAACAACAUGGAUGUCGCCGGGAAAAUACUGAAUAAAACAGUGUCCGAAGAAGAGCACUCUGGAUUUGACACUGUGCGUGUAUGCUGCAACGUUUCAGCAGCAGCAGCAGUUAUCACCGACAAUGGAUUCGGUGCGUCUCAUCCAGAGGAACAUGACCUCUUCACAAUGCGUGUGGUGCAGAUCGCGGUCCUGUGCGUAUUGUCACUCACUGUGAUUUUUGGCAUAUUUUUCCUUGGUUGCAAUCUUCUAAUUAAAACAGAAAGUAUGAUUAGUAUUUUUGUAGAAGACCGGAGACCGUCUACGGACAAUGAUAUGAUCAUGGUUGCCUCAUAGGAUUGUAGGCCUACUUGUUUAAUUAAACAUCUUUAUUUUAUUUUCAAAUCAUAAAGUUUCCAGUAUGUUCCUUGAAUAUUAUUAUUCACUGUUCUUAUUAUUCACUGUUCACUGAACCCUUUAAAAGUUCAAUUGUCAAAAUCGGGCUUGUUUUCUUUUUUACAGCCUAUACCUACCCUAUAGAAUGUUUUCCAUCCUUGUAGG